AACGCGAAAGUGUGAAAUAAAAAUGGUGGUUUGCAUACACAGCGAAACAUAGCCUACGAAAAACAAAGUUAUAACCUACGAAAAACAAAGUUAAAUAACACGUUCUCUCUACAAUGGCAAUGGAAGGAAUUCGUGAAAUUUGUUACAUACUAAUGGAUUCUUCCGACGACGAUGACGAAAAUGAAAACAUUCCUGAUCCACAUUUCAUGAUCGAGGAUGAUGAUUUCGACAUGAUUAAAAAUUUGAUGCAAGUAGUCAUACAAGGAAUUGUAAGAAGACAACGCAUAAAGGUAAUGAAUUAUGUAGAAAAUCAGGCAAGAAAUUACAACAAAAAUGAUUUCAUCAUGCACUUUCGAUUGUCACGAGAAGUUGCAUACACAUUGAUUAAUCACUUUGAAAGAUCUCCAGUAUUCAUAUCUUUAAGAGGUCCUGCUGGUUUUGAGCCUACGUCACCAGAGAAACACAUUUUGUGUUAUUUGUGGUUUGUAGGGCACCAAACUGCAUUUUACAGAGAUGUGGCAGAUAGAUUUGGUGUUACUUUGAGCACUUUGUACAAAAUAAUAUCCAGAAGAGAAAUCUAA